AGAAGAUUUCCACACCAAUGGAACGUUGUCUUAUAGAGAAAAGAAAAACGGUAAACUCGUCCUCAUCAAGUCACACGAACUGUUCGAGUGGCUCGGACGCUUCUUUGCAGCGAAAGAAAACAUUCGAAGAAAGUGGCAGUUGUUACACACUUACACCACCAUCACAACAACGGCGACGAUAACAACAACGAAGCUCUAUCUGUCUCUGUUCCUUCUUCGUCACAAUCUAAAUCUCAGUUGAAACCACAGUUGAUUUUUUUUGACGGCAGAAAGGGGCUGCUGAACUUUUUGUAGGUAGAAGUGCUAGAUAUGCUGCAUUGCUUGACCUUGAAACCAUUGGCCUCAUCAUCAGCAACAACAGCAACUAGUCCUUCCUGCGCGCCAGAGUAUUCAUCAGAAGAUACGCCUACAACAUCUGGAACAAAUACUGUACUCUCACCCACUGUCAAUCCCUCACGUGAAUAUGCACUUGCAGUCCAGACAAAUUCCUACAAUGAGAUAAGGUCUAAGAUCCACGUGGUCGAGCAAUGUCAUAGCAGGGAGCCUGACCAUCAGCAGCAGCUUUUGUUGGCGCAGGAUAUUCUCCAGCCUGAUCGUGCGUCUGUUCAAGAGGUUCUGCAGUGCGCUCCACCCACAACUUUUACCCAACUUGUCUCUUCUUACUUUGAACACAGUGAGAAAACUUGCCAUCUCCUUCUCCUCCUACAUCAUAAUAUACAUCAUGCUCAUUCACUGUAUGCCAAUCUACAUGAUCUUGUCGACGUCCUACCUACCGACACACAGACCAUGACCGAAUUACAAUGCAAUCACGCCUUUGACGUCUUUCUCCAGUUUGACCAGAAAGGGAACCCUUUCCCGUGUCCUGACUCUCACAACUUCCAUGACAUGCGCGUUUGCUUUUCCGAACUCAAGAAACAGGUUGAUCAACGCCUUGAAAAGUCCCGUCGCAGGGUUCGUCGAGUUCACUGUGGCGCCACUACAUCAGCAUUAUGCUUUGUCGGGAUAGUUGUUGGAGUUACCAUAUCCACCAUCGCCAUCGGUGUUCAUGCAUUGGUCGCAUUGGUGGCCACUUCCUUCUGCCCCAUAAAUAUGCCUUCAAGGAUAACAAAGAAGGAAGUUGCAAACAUGUCACAGUUGGAUGCUGCAGCCAAAAGUGCUUAUGUGCUACAUAACGACUUGGACACCAUCGAUCGCCUUAUUUCCCGCCUACACACUGAAAUAGAAGGGGACAGACUUUUAAUUCGCCUUGGGUUGGAUAGGGGCAGGGACAAGUACCCUAUAUAUGAAGUGGUGAAGCAGCUGCGGAAGAAUCGUGCAAGUUUUAUGGACCAACUCACAGAUCUGGAAGAGCAUAUUUGUCUCUGCGUUGCUGCAAUCAACAAAGCAAGAUCUCUCCUGCUUCAGGGGAUACCUCUUUAUCAGAAUUAGUUUUAGCUCGACUCGACUUAGCAUCUUAAUGUUGCCCACUUAAUUUUGGGUGUGUAGAAAAGGUUAGAUUCAUUUUUCAUUUACUUACAUUAGUAGUUAGUAAGAUUAGGGCACGUAGAUUUAUUUCCGGGUUUUGAUUCCAAUUUUUGAUCCAUAGAUCAUGAAAACCCCAGUAACUUUAAUGAAGUAUAUUUGUUUUUCGUAUGGGUGGGUGAUGUGGCUCGUCUGGGCUAAUAAUCUAAUUUUCCUUUGUAUUUAUGUCAAUCAAACAUUUUUAAGUAUAGUAUCUAGAUAAGUGUAUUCAUUGAUACUCUUUACAAAAAUAAAAUCUUGGGUUAGUAUAGGCAUAAUAUACUUCAUGAGUAAACAAACCAAUUCAACCAAAAUUGAACCGAUGCUAAGCCGGUCACUUGAAUAAUCAAUUACAAUCUGGCACGCAUCUAACCGAUGCAAACAUGACCCAUCAUGAUAUAUAUUUGACAAUUAAUAGAAUCCAUUAAAGCACACUCAAAAUCUGACUGAUUAU